GUCUCGGUAUUUUUCGUUACAUUAUCUGCCGCAUCGGUCCGCCAUACUCUGAAAUGGCGACUUGCAGUGAAGUGCGUUGACGCCGACACGGUGCUGUACACUGCGCCGUCCAUACACUUUUUAUGCGCUCCGAGGCUGCAUUUUCUUUACCCCAUCCGCCUGAACAACAUGAGACGCCGUCAGCCAACUCCCUCGGGGGCGUUCCACGGCUCCACGGGGGACCUAGCGGCUGAGUUUGACACAAGCCUCGUGAAUCGCAUGUUUUCGGCCCGCCUCUUCUGGCAGGAGGCUACAUUAAUUCUGCACAAUCCGCCUCCACCACUCCAGGCUUAUUUGUGGCUCUUCCGGCUCUAG